AUGCCUUUAAAUAUUGAUCUAAACACUCCUUUGGAUGACUCAAACAUCUCUAAUCACCUUUCAAACGUGCCUCCAAAUAUUAAUUUGAAUGCUCCUCUAAAUAUUGAUUUGAAUGCUCCUCCAAAUAUUGAUUUGAAUGCAUCAAUAGAAGAAGAAGAAGAUCAUAUAGUUGAAAGUGAGUUUGAAGAUGCUCUAUCUAAAGAAGUAGAAGAAGAUAUGGAUGAUGUAGAUGACAUUUUUAAUGAAAGUGAGGUUGAAAAUAUAUUUCCAGGAAAUGAUACUCACAAUGAGGUGCAAACAUUUUCGAAAAAAUGUUGUUUUUUAGAUAAUAGGCAACAUGAUAAUAUUUUUCUAGUGUUGAUCAAUUCAAGUUCUGAAGGAAAAAUUAAAAGAGGAAUUGUCAAACAAUUGGCUUCUUCCUAUCAAAUAUCAAUAGAUGUUAUUUAUCGAAUUUGGAAGCGGUCAAAAGAAACGGGGAAUGUUUCUCAUAAGAAAACAAAAAAUUGUGGUCGGAAGAGAGUUGAACUAGAUAUUGAGAAAAUGCGUAAUCUACCGUUAGUUAAACGUAGCACUAUCCAAUCUCUAGCAUUUGCCUUAGAGACUAGUCCGAGAAAAAUAGGGGAGUAUUUAAAACAAGGUGUUUUGCAUCGACAUUCAAGUGCACUAAAACCUCAUAUGACAGAAGAUAAUAUGAAAGCUCGUCUUAGAUUUUGCUUGUCCAUGCUUGAAGAAAGCAGCAUUCCAUAUGAUCCAAAGUUUCAAGCAAUGUACAAUAUUGUGCACAUAGAUGAAAAAUGGUUCUAUAUGACACAAAAAAAUAAAAGUUAUUAUCUUCUUCCAAAUGAGGAUGAACCAUAUCGCGCUUGCAAGAACAAAAACUUCAUCAUGAAAGUUAUGUUUUUAGUUGCGGUAACAAGACCUAGAUUUGAUAAUGAAGGUAAUGAAACAUGGUCGGGAAAAAUUGGAGUGUUUCCUUUAGUUGAUAAAGUACCCGCAAAAAGAUCAAGUGUUAAUAGACCAUCAGGGACACUUGAGACAAAACCGAUUACUUCUAUCACUAAGGAAGUUAGUCGAAUGUUUUUAAUAAACAAGAUUUUGCCAGCCAUCAAAGAAAAAUGGCCACGAGAACAUAUAUCAGAAACAAUUUACAUAUAA